GUUUUCAAUGCCAUAGAGAAAUGUUUGUCCAAGUGUGAAUGUCUGGUAGAAUUUUGUGUUAAUAUUCUAAGAAUGUUCGAUUAGAACGAUCAGUAGUGAUCAUGAUCCCGUUGCGAUCAUUAGUUUUUGUCGCAUUCCUACCAACUCUGAUAAAUGGUUGGUUCGAAUCAUGCGAUCAACAGUUCCAAUUAGCCGCUAAUGCAGAUGUUCAACUUUUAUCGCCUUUAUACCCUAAUCAGAAAUAUCGUUCCGGAAGCUCGUGUCGCUAUACACUAAUUGCUCCCUCCGGGUAUAACAUACAAACAACUUGUGAUGUCAACAUUGAUACGGUGCAGAAUUCGGCAUGUUCAACCGAGUUAUUCUACAUCUCUACGGAAGGGUUUCCAUCCCUGGUUGGAAGUGAGUAUUUUUGCGGCAAAGGAAGCAUAAGUCGAAACUCCAUAUUCAACAAGAUGAUGAUCGCAUACACCUCUUCGAGCGCAACCUAUGGAGGGACGUUCAGUUGUCGGAUCCAGGUCGUAAAACAGGACUGUGACUGUGGUUGGUCUCGAUGGCAGAAGAUUGUUGGUGGAACCGAAUCCGGCAUUAAUGAGUACACAUCGAUGGUGGGGUUACUCGAUAAACUAACUGCGAGUGUGUUCUGCUCAGGGGUUAUUAUUAAUUAUAGAUACAUUUUAACGGCUGCUCAUUGUGUUCAAAAUAUACCAAGCAGUCAGCGUCUGCAAGCCCUGGUCGGGGAUCAAGACUACAAAACUGGCAACGAUACACCGUAUUCACAAAUUUACGACAUUGAGAGUAUCGUGAUGCAUGAAAACUAUAACCAGGACACCCGUGAUAACGAUAUUGCCGUGUUGAAAACCACCGUCGACAUGCAAUGGACCCGAGGCGUUGGCCCAGUUUGCCUUCCAUUCAACUAUUGGUACUACGACUUCAACAAGCUGCAGGUCGACGUGGCCGGUUGGGGCACCACCAGCUACGGAGGACCAACCAGUUCGACUCUGAGACGAGUGACGCUGGAUGUCACUGCCAAUGCGGACUGUGGCAAGGCCCAGUACGUCACCAAUCAGAAGUUGUGCACUUACACGCCCGGUAAGGAUACCUGCCAGUACGACUCGGGUGGUCCUCUGUAUCUGCGGGGAGUUCAGCGAAUGUACACGAUCGGUAUCGUCAGCUAUGGAGGUGCUUGUGCAGCAUCUACGCCGUCAGUUAGUACCAGAAUCACUGCGUAUUUGGAUUGGAUUCAGAGCAAAACUACGGAUGCUACGUAUUGUGUGAAAUAAAUGCUUAAAAACCUGAAUUAAUCCACCUAUGGUGAACAGAACCCUUCUUACACUUUCGUUUCGGGCCUUAAGAACCCGAAUCGGUUGAUAGACGGCUGAGAAAUUUACGGUGAUACAUUUUGUCAAAAAUAUCUAAAAUAAUUAAGUUGUACUACUCCCUAGCACUCUUUGAAAGAUAUCUCGGUAACCGAACGUCCAAUCAAAAUACAAUUCAAUAGCGUUCUACUAGGAUGUAGUAGCUUUCGUUUGGGGCCUUAAGAACCCAAAUCGGUUGAUAGACGGCUGAGAAAUUUAUGGUGAUACACUUUGUCAAAAAUAUCUAAAAUAAUUAAGUUGUACUACUCCCUAGCACUCUUUGAAAGAUAUCUUAGUAACCGAACGUCCAAUCAAAAUAAAAUUCAAUAGCGUUCUACUAGGAUGUAGUAGCUUUCAUUUGCUUCCAAGAGAACUCAAAUCGGUCAACAGACGGCUGAGAACCGUGAGUGAAAUUUUUUUUAACACACACACACACACACACACACACACACACACACACACACACACACACACACACACACACACACACACACACACACACACACACACACACACACACACACACACACACACACACACACACACACA